AUGGCAAAUUAUCUUAUGAUAACCGGAAUCUUAUUAUUAACUUUAUCCGGAUUGACACUUAUAAAUACAUUUUUAUGUCACCGAAACUUUGGUAAAAAUUUUAUAUUUUACGUCGAGUCAAUGAAAUUUAACCCUAACUUGGACAAGGAGUUUGAAUAUUCAAAUGAUUUGGAUGACGACGACGAUGAUGAUGGGGAGGAGGAGGAGGAGGAGGAGGAGGAGGAAAAAGAUGAAAAGAUUUCUGAAAAAUUAAAACGAUAUUGGAAAUUUAUUAAAAAAACUUUUUAUGAUGUUUUUAUUCCAUUAAUUGAAGAAUAA